AUGAUUGAAACUCUUUUGGUGAAUUGUCUCCCUGAUAAAGCUAAGGGUGGAAAACCUUUUAGGUUCCCGAAUUACCUUGCUGAACACAGCCAGUUCUGUCCACAGGUUGAGAAUGUUUGGAGUACUGCUGGUGGUUCAGGUUCUGACAUGUUCAAACUUUGGAAUAAGCUGAAGUUGGUUAAGCUCAAAUUGAAAACUCUGCAUAAAGAAGAGUUUGCUGGUAUAAAAGAGAGGGAAAAAGCUUGCAUUGGAAACCUUAGGAAGUGGCUUAAGGUGGAUGAGAUUGCAUUGAGGCAAAAAUCUAGAAUCCAGUGGUUGCAGGUGGGUGACACCAACCACCAUCUCUUUUUUUCUUCUGUGAAAGAGAGAAACAAACAGAAUAGGAUCUCAGUGUUAUUUGAUGAGAAUAACAAUAAGCUAGUUGAAUCAGAUGUUAUUCAAGAAGAAAUGGUUUCUUUUUACAGGAAGUUGUUGGGGUCUGCUGCUAGUUCCUUGUCUGCAGUUCAUAUUCCUACCCUUGGAAGUGGGAAUAAACUCAGUACUUCAGUUAGAAACUGGUUGUCUAGGGAGGUUACUACAAUUGAGAUAGAUCAGGCUCUUAAGAGUAUUGGUGAUGACAAGGCACCAGGUUUGGAUGGCCUCAAUGUUGUGUUCUUUAAGAAAACUUGGCACAUAAUCAAAAUGGAUGUCUACAAGGCUGUACUGGAGGUGUUUAGAAUUAACACCCUGCUAGCUCAAUAUAAUUGUACCUCUAUUAACCUUGUGCCAAAGAGUGUUAUUGGUGAUGUGGUUAGUGAAUCUCAAUCUGGGUUCAUUCCUGGAAGGAAAAUUUCUGAUAACAUUCUUCUUGCUACAGAACUGAUUAAAGGUUACACAAGGGCACAUGUAUCUCCUAAGUAUCUCCUAAAGGUGGAUCUGAAAAAAGCUUAUGACUCCAUUGAGUGGUCAUUCCUCAAAGAUGUCAUGAUAGAACUUGGUUUUCCUGGUUGCUUUGUGAAUUGGAUUUUUACCUGCCUCACCACAGUGUCCUAUAGUAUUUUGAUCAAUGGGAAACCCACCAAACCUUUCAGUGCCAAGUAA